UCGCGGCCCAGCGUCGGCGGAAAGAGUAUCCGCCGAGCGCUCCUGCGCGGCGGCUGGGUCGCCCGGCCGUCGUCACCAUGCCGGUCACCGGGAAGAUCUUCCGACGACGUCGGGCUGAUUCGGAGUCGGAGGAAGAUGAGCAGGAUUCGGAAGAGGUUCGAAUAAAACUGGAAGAAACCCGCGAAGUGCAGAACUUAAGGAAGAGGCCAAACGGGGUGAGUGCUGUGGCCCUGCUAGUAGGCGAGAAGGUACAAGAGGAGACUACUCUCGUGGACGACCCCUUCCAGAUGAAGACAGGUGGCAUGGUGGACAUGAAGAAACUGAAGGAGAGGGGCAAAGAUAAGGUCAGUGAAGAGGAGGACCUACACCUGGGGACGUCAUUUUCAGCAGAAACCAAUCGAAGGGAUGAGGACGCAGACAUGAUGAAAUACAUUGAGACGGAGCUGAAGAAGAGGAAGGGGAUUGUGGAACAUGAGGAGCAGAAAGUCAAACCGAAGAACGCAGAGGACUGUCUUUAUGAGCUACCUGAAAACAUCCGCGUCUCCUCAGCCAAGAAGACAGAGGAGAUGCUUUCCAACCAGAUGCUGAGCGGCAUCCCCGAGGUGGACCUGGGCAUCGAUGCUAAAAUAAAAAAUAUCAUCUCCACGGAGGAUGCCAAGGCCCGCCUGCUGGCAGAGCAGCAAAACAAGAAGAAGGACAGCGAGACAUCGUUCGUGCCCACCAACAUGGCCGUGAACUAUGUGCAGCACAACCGGUUUUACCACGAGGAGCUCAAUGCGCCCAUCCGCAGGAACAAAGAAGAACCCAAAGCCCGCCCCCUGCGAGUGGGCGACACUGAGAAGCCCGAGCCAGAGCGGUCCCCACCGAAUCGCAAACGUCCUGCUAAUGAGAAGGCCACUGACGACUACCACUACGAGAAGUUCAAGAAGAUGAACAGGCGCUAUUGAAGGCAGCAUGGAGUGUAGAUAGCAGUGCAUGCGUGCCAGCGCAGCCGGCCUCCUGGAAGCUCCUGAGCUAGCCCACAGUCCCCAGUCCAACAAGCCACCACGUCUUACAUGCUGGACUUCUGGUUUGGUUUGCUUUACUUUGCUUUGGAGACAGGGUCUUCUUACAUACUCCAGGCUGGCCUUGUACUCAUGGUCUUCCUCUCUUAAUUUCCCUCGUGCUAGGAUGAUAAAUGUGCACCACCAUGCCUGGCUAGCUAUUUUUCUUUUUUUCCUUUGAUUUCAUACCUGUAUAUAAGAUAUUAUUUUCUAGGCCGGGCAUGGUGGUGCACAACUUUAAUCCCAGCAUUCAGGGAGGAGAGGUAGAAUCAUGGUGAGUUUGAGGCCAACCUGAGACUACAUGUGAAUUCCAGGUCAGCCUGGGCUAGAGACCCUACCUCGAAAACAAAACAAAACAAACAAACAAAAAGAUACUGUCUCAGUCAUAUUCACCUCCCCCAGCCCACUACUCUCUUUUGUACUCCUGAAUGGCUUUUGAAGUACUAAAUUUGUCUAAAACUACAACUUGUAAUUUUCCUACUUAGAGGCAAACUAUUUGUGUGAGCAUUAUUAAAUUGUGGGGUUUU